AUGCUAUCCCUCCCCCUAGGCCGCCGCCACCUCCUCCGCCUCUGCGCUCGCCGGAACCCUACCUUCCUGCGCCUCACCAUCGCCGCCACCGCCGCCGCCCUCUCCACCGCCCCUACCGUCGCCUCCGCCGCCGCCGCCACUCCCAUCUCCGACCGCCUACGCGUCCUCCGCUCCCUCCACGCCGUCGCCCCUGACCACCUCCUCUCCCACCCGCUCCCCUCCUCCGCGCACGUUUGCCUUGCCGCCCACCUCGCUGCCCGCGCCCGCCUCUUCGCGCACUCCCGCCGUCUCCUCUCCCGCCUGCUUGGUGCUGGCCACCGGCCCCACCUCGCCGCCUCCCUCGUCGACCUCCUCCACCGCGCGGCCCUCUCGCUGGGGCCCCGCCGCAGCGCGCUACCGUCCGUCGUCGACACCCUCCUCUCCCUGCUCGCCGACCACGGCCUCCUCGACGACGCCGUCCGCGCCCUUGCCCGCCUGCGGCAGCUGCGGGUGCCCCCGAACACCCGUACCUGCAACCACAUUCUCCUGCGCCUCGCCCGCAGCCGCCAAGGCGGGCUCGUCAGGCGGCUCUUCGACCAGCUGCCCGCGCCCAACGUGUUCACGUUCAAUAUCGUGAUUGAUUUUCUGUGCAAGGAGGGAGAGCUUGUGGAAGCGAGGGCACUGUUCCUGAGGAUGAAGGCGAUGGGCUGCUCACCGGACGUUGUCACUUACAAUUCUUUGAUUGACGGGUACGGCAAGUGUGGGGUGCUGGAGGAGGUGGAGCGGUUGGUCUCAGAGAUGAGGAAGUCUGGAUGUGCAGCUGAUGUUGUGACGUACAAUGCAUUGAUCAAUUGCUUUUCCAAAUUCGGGAGGAUGGAGAAGGCUUACAGCUACUUUGGGGAGAUGAAGAGGCAGGGAGUGAUGGCAAAUGUGGUUACAUUUAGCACUUUUGUUGAUGCAUUUUGCAAAGAAGGGUUGGUCCGGGAGGCAAUGAAGCUGUUUGCACAGAUGAGGGUGAGGGGGAUGAUGCCAAAUGAGUUCACUUAUACUUCAUUGGUCGAUGGCACUUGCAAGGCAGGGAGGCUAGGUGACGCCAUUGUAUUGCUUGAUGAAAUGGUGCAUCAGGGGUUGGUGCCAAAUGAGGUGACAUACACUGUUAUGGUCGAUGGCCUUUGCAAAGAGGGUAAGGUUGCUGAAGCAGAUAAUGUUUUGAGUCUGAUGGAGAGAGCUGGUGUUAAAGCCAACGAGUUACUCUACACUACGCUGAUCCAUGGGCACUUCAUGAAUAAGAACAGUGAGAGGGCUCUGGAUUUGUUGAAUGAGAUGAAGAAUAAAGGAAUGGAACUGGAUGUCUCUCUCUAUGGCACUCUCAUUUGGGGUCUCUGUAAAGUUCAAAAGGUGGAUGAAGCUAAGAGCCUCUUACAUAAAAUGGAUGGCUGUGGUUUGAGACCUAAUAAUGUCAUUUAUACGACAAUAAUGGAUGCCUUCUUUAAAGCUGGAAAAGAGUCAGAGGCCGUUGCCUUAUUCCACAAAAUUCUGGAUUCUGGGUUCCAACCUAAUGUUGUUACUUAUUGUGCAUUAAUUGAUGGAUUGUGCAAAGCAGGAUCAAUCUCCGAGGCCAUCUCCCAUUUUAAUAAAAUGAGAGAGUUAGGCCUGGAUCCAAAUGUACAAGCUUACACCGCCUUAAUUGAUGGUUUUUGCAAGAUUGGUUCCUUGAAUAAGGCUGUGCACUUGAUGAAUGAAAUGGUUGACAAGGGUAUGUCUCUUGACAAAGUUGUGUACACAUCUCUUAUUGAUGGGUACAUGAAGCAGGGAAAUCUCCAGGAUGCCUUUGCACUCAAGGCCAAGAUGAUUGAAAGUGGUUUGCAACUUGAUCUCUAUUGCUACACUUGUUUUAUCUCGGGCUUCUGUAAUAUGAAUAUGAUGCAAGAAGCUAGAGGAGUUCUUUCAGAAAUGAUUGGGGCUGGCAUUAUUCCUGAUAAGACGGUUUACAACUGUCUGAUAAGAAAAUACCAGAAAUUGGGAAACAUGGAGGAAACCUCAAGUCUUCAGAAUGAAAUGGAAAGUGGUUUAAGCUUUUGCACAGAAGAUGAUACUGCUUCUGGUUCUGGUUGUGAAACCUGA